AUGAUUUCGGUAGCGAUGGACAGAGGAGGCUGGCGGCAGGCAUUGACAAACUGUUUAAGAGAGUUUGCUGGGCGGGUAAUGCUCAGCGCGGCCUGGCCGCAUUGUAUGUGGGUCCUAUGGGUGCCUGACAAGGUCGCGACGGGGCCGGCUGCUUCCACAAGCCAAAAAAUGCCAGAGACGUGGGUGGGGCAGGGGCAGUUGCUGCCUCAGGAAAACGGAUUGCAGUGCGCGUCAUCACUUGCCGUUGUGAGAGGAGAAAGCAAUCGCAGUGUGCGUGUGCUGUCGCUGAAAUUAUCCCCAGAAUAUAUUCUGAAACUGCAAGUAUUAGAAGACCACACCUAG